UUGUCCUGUGUUGGCAGGCGUUUAUUACGCCGUGUCCGCUUAAAAUUGUACGAAUCUUAAAUCAUAAUUGUAACAUUUUAACGGUUUGUUCUAAAAUAUAUAGAAAAAUUCGUUUCUAUCGUCAUUGAUUUAAUAACACGUAAAUAUGUAUUUCAUGUAUAUCUUAUCGAUAUUCUUCUCUUUAUGCUUCUUUAGACGGUAAGAAAGUUGAAGAAGAAAAGCAAAAAUUUAUCGAUUAUAAAUUAAAUAUUCUUAACCUAAAAUUUUCUUUACUCGAUAAUUUGAGUUUGAUAAAUAGUAAAUGUGUUGGACUUGAUAUGUAUGUAUUUUGAGUGAAUAAAAUAACGUUAUGAUGACUGCCAAGCUGAAUGAACGUAGAAAACAACAAUACAUGUAACAAUUAAGUGACAGCCAUGAUAUUCAGUAAAGACGAUAUGGAGGAGGAUAUACGAAAUACAAAAUUCCAUUUAAAAGUAACGCAGAUAACGGAAGAAAAUGCUCUUCUUCGAGAAGAAAUCGCGAAAUUAGAUGAUAGAAAUUCAAUUUUAGAAAGGCAACAAAAAUAUUUCAAACGUCAACUGGAACAAAUCCAUGAAAAAUAUAACGAACUGCAACGAGAGUAUGAUGAACAAAAAGACAUAUUGAAUGAAGUAACGAGGAAAGAAAAAGACACCAAUAUAGCUCUUCAGAAAUCGACAAAAGAGCAACGGAUAUUAUUAACGAGAUUAGAGACGGUCGAAUUACAGGCGCAAGAAGUAACAAAUCUGAAGGAUAAGUUAAAAAAAGUUACGAAUGAAAGACUCGAAUGUACGAAAAAAAAGGCUGAAGUAGUUGAAAAAUUGGAUAAAAAAUAUAACGAGUGCGAAUCGUUGCUUAUGACGAUUACAGACUUGAAAGAAGCGAAUGAAAAUCUUCGAAAUAAUUAUGAAGCGCGCGAAAAUAUGGUAAAACUGCUACGAGAAAAUAAUCGUCAACUAGAAGAUGAAAAUGCGGAAUUAAAAUUACUCAUAAGUAUGAAUACUCGUACUUCUAUAGAUAAAACGUACCAUUCGGACGCAGAAACAUAUUGCACGGUACACGAUACUCCAUACAGCAGAUUCAACGAUACGUUUCAUCAAGAUUCUCUGUAUGACGAAUUGAAAGCUUCUGGUUUCACGAAUAUAUGCAGCUCGAAUGAUACGAUAAGCUACGAAUUGGAGAAGCAAGUGCAGUUGUACGAAUUAGAAAUUGAUAAACUUAUACAACAAACGGAAUGUGUUUUCCAACAAUUGGUAUCGGCACGUGACGAAAACUGUCUUCAUCUUAUGCAAAAUAUAAACUAUUAUACUGAAAGUUCUGAAAAGAUGAAAAAUUUGGAAACUCUUAAACAAAGGAUACAAAUUCUGCUGGAUACGGUAAAUACAACGUCUCCAGAACCUACAGGUAUAGAAAUCGGUAUUCAAGUACAAGCAGAUUUUAGAGCGAUAGAAAAUUUGCGCGAAUUGCCCAGUCUUAACUUUCACGAAGAAGAUCAUCUAGAAUGCUUUUGUAAAAAAAAUCAAAUAAGCACAUCUUCUAAUAUAUCGAACGAGAAGCAAGAUCCUUUUACUAUAUCUGCGAAAUCGCCUAAAGUAGUAAUGGUAUCGAAAUCCUUCGUCGUCGAUCCAGUCAUACAAGUAUUCGACAAAAGUGUUAGAUCUGUUACAAGCCCGCGCUCAAGUCCGGCAAAAAAGUCAAUGGAAAAUUUCAGUUUAACUAGACUAGAAAGAAGGAAGACUAUUCAUACAUUAACGUUCUGUAAGAAUUCUUGCAACGACGCUGGUACCAAAAUAAGAGCCGAUAUUAUAGAUGAUGGUAAUGGAGAUUACUCGAAUAAUGAAAGACUUGUAUCAUUUCUGGAUCAUUUAUCAUUACCAAUAGAUUUUUCGGCUAUAUCCAAAAGAGUCGCAAUAACGCGUCAUCGUAAAUCAAAGUCCGAAUCUAGUCUGUUUCCUGAAAAAAAAGCUUUACUUUGUCGCCGUUCAUUUAAUGUUGCCAUGCCAUUAUCAGCGGAGAAAAUCAAUGAAACUAUUGAAAUAAGAAAAUCUUUUGACGACUCAACUUGUGAAAAAAUUAAAAGGGAAGACGAGUUUUACGUAGAACUCCAGCAAAACGAUUUACAGAAUUUAACGAGCUGUCGUGGAUACACGUUCGGAGGUACCUAUCGGUCAUUGAACGACAGUACAGAUUCUUCUGUUAGUUCGUCGUCUCUUCGAUCUGAUAAUCUGUUCCCCCAAGAUUUUUCUAUAGACGAGUUAGAUUACCCUCUGUGUGAAUUACACCGUCCUGUUCAUCUGGCUCCUACGAAAUUAAAAUUACCAUCAGAUAAAGUCUUACUGUUCAGCAAAGAGCAACAUCUUACCAAUAAGGAUACACAAGCAGGUUUCACUACAGCAAGUAAUAAAUUGCUUGAAAAUAUUAAAUUGGAAUCGAGCAUCCAUGAACCAAAACAAUAUAAAAUCAUGGAACAUUUCGGAAAAGAUCGUUUAAACAAAGAUUAUUAUAAUGAAAGUCCUAAUAAUUAUCUCAUAGAUAUCAAUAAAGAAAUCUAUUCAAUCAAUGGUGAAACGUAUUUGAUCGAUAAAUUGGCACCUAUUUGCCGCGAUAGAACGUCUAUGUACUUUCAAAGAUCCUCUAAUUUUUGUCGAGAAAGUUAUACGGAAAACCAUCUACCAGCUGCAUUCUCAACACCGAUGCGCAUUGAUUCAAAGGAUAAAAAUUCGUUCGAAAGUAAAAAUAAAAAAGAUAAUGAUAAUUGUGAGUCGCUCGUACGACGAUUCGCUGAUCUGGAAAUGUCAAAAAAAAAAAUACCCUUAUUUAGAAUAUACAAAGAUCAUUUAAACAAGAUGAAUAAUAAGAAACGCAUAGGAUACGUUGACUCUGAAGAUAGAGAAAAAACAGUUUCGAUAUCACUUUGUAGUUUCGCAAAUAAUAACAGCGCGUUAUCGCAAAGUAAAUGUGGUCUUACGAGCAGAUUUCGAGAGAAUUUCGAGGAAUAUUCUAUAGUUAAUGCAAUACAGAAAAAUAAUACGGAAGAAAGAACGAAUUGCGCAACUGCAAGCGGAGGAAAGAUCAGAUCAAGGUCGUCAGAUGGUGAAAGUCAAAUAUCAGAUAGCAAAGAAAAUUUUCAAGAAUCACAAGUUUUUCUCGACAAAACGCAAGAGAGAAGGAAUUUGCUAAAAGAAAAUAAGAGCGUACUACAAGUUUGUAAAUUCUAUCAUUCCAGCUCGGCAAAAUCGAAUAUUUGGAAUGACAAAAUUAUUGGCAAAGAAACGAGAUUACGUACUUCGCUAUUUCAUUCUUUCAAGAAUAUCCAAAUCUUACCAUCGUGGCGCGUGCUUUUUUCCUAUGCAUUGAUAUUUUUUUUCGGAUUUUAUGCAGUGAAUAUAUUUUUACCGACGAGCAUAUAUGUCGGACCACCGUAUAAAUGGUGGUCGUUCGAAGAAAUACUUAAUCGAUACUUCCCGAUCACAAAUACGGGAUGUUCACCACCGAUAUAAAAAUUACGUCGAUUAGUUUUGACAUACAUAUGCACAUAUAUAUGUAUGUAUAUAUGUGUAUAUAUAUAUGCAUGUAUGUGUAUACGUAUAUAUAUAUACAUAUACACAUCAUAUACAUGUGUAAGUAUGCGUUUAAACAAUUAUUACAUGCCGUUUAUUAAAAAUAGGUAUAUAUUGUAU